CAUCAACACAUCAUACGUGGAUAUCCACUGUGGGCAUUGUCUAAACCUAGGAACCCGCCAGGCACCAAACUAAAGAGCCCAUCUAAUCCCACAUGUUGUUGUGAUAAAAAUAUUUGUUCUAAAGCCUCAAAAGCAAACCGAACGGAACCACAGGAUGUCGACACCUCUACCCAGCAAUCCCAUGGGAUCCCCCUUCUUCGAUGAAUCCGCUUCAACAGACGCGACAUUGGCAGAAGGGCCAAGUUUCCCUCGCGGAAGCACAGUGUCUUCAAGAAUAUCCAACAUUCUAUCGGUUUCAUACGCUGACCAAGCCAUCCGCGAUGCCCUUCAAACGUUGCAGUCGCGUGGUGCAUCCGACUACAACCAAGUUCGCCGGCAUUUCUACCAUGAUGUGCAGAAGGAAACCAUUCAAUGCAAUGCGGAAGUGGUCCAGGAUUUUGGGAAAAUAGCUGUGGACCUCCAUAAAAUCGGCGAACUCGUCGCCGUUCUCCGGGAGCGAUGCACGGUUAUGCGAAACGACCUAGAUGUUUCUCGGUCGGAAAUAAAUCCAGUCCUCAAGGAGUCGAAAGACCUCCUUGAAAAAAGCUCGGAAGUGGAACAGAAACGGGAUCUUUUGGACGCCACCCAGACCCAUUUCAUGGUCCAUGAACUUUCCGACAUCUCCGCCAGUAUUCCACCAGGUGCACCAGGUGAUGAAUUUUUCGAGAAGAUCGUUCAAGUGAAGCGUAUCCGACGCGACUGUCAGGUACUUCUUGGAGCCGAGAACCAAUCCCUCGGCCUUCAGAUCAUGGAGCAGGCUUCCAAACGGCUCAAUGGACUUUUCCAAUCGCUGUUCAAUUGGGUACAAAGGGAGUUUAAGACUCUGGAUUUAGAAAACCCACAGAUCAGUGCGGCGAUUAGGCGGUCAUUACGUGCCCUCUCCGAGAGACCCAGCCUUUUCCGAAGCUGCCUUGACGCCUUUUCGGUCUCGCGUGAGGCGGUUCUGUCCGACUCCUUCCAUGCCGCCUUAACCGGGUCGGUAGGAGGAGACCAGAAGCAGCCCUCGAAACCGAUUGAACUGAUCGCACACGAACCCAUUCGGUAUGCUGGAGAUAUGCUCGCUUGGAUCCAUUCGGCGACGGUUUCGGAGCGAGAGGCCCUGGAAGCCCUGUUCAUUGGGGAAGGCAGGGAAAUUGCGAAAGGCCUUGAGGCCGGGCGGGAUGACGACCCAUGGUCGGUUGACGAAGAAGGCGUCGUUUUUGAUCCCCGAACCGCAUUAGCCGAGCUCGUGGACCGGAAUUUAAGUUCGGUUGCCAGGCUAUUGCGACAGCGGGCCGAACAAGUCAUUCAUAGUCACGACGACCCGGGGGUUGCCUUCAAGAUCGCUAACCUGGUCGCAUUCUACAGAAGCAUAUUAUCGAAGCUCCUUGGUGGAGAAGGAUCGGUUGCGGACACACUACGUGCUAUCGAAACUUCCGCGAAUCGGCAGUUCAAAGCCGGGGUCCGGGACCACAUCGCUGCUUUGGAACACGAGAAACAGGUUAUCCCGGAUCACUGUGCCCCCCCUGAAUUUCUGGCCGAUGCUUUGAGACUGAUCGGAGAAUUAAUGAUCACUGUGGACACAUCCAUUGACGCAUCUGGCCAUGAGGAACAGAUUAGCGAGUCGGUCUUGGAGGAGGCUCUGGAUCCCUUCCUCGAACAUAGCAAAGCCAUCUCGAAUCAUGCGGAGAAGCCGGACCGCCAGGUGUUUGCUUUGAACUGUCUCUUGGCCACAAAAUCCGCGCUCCAGCCGUUUAGCUUUACGAAGUCAAGACUCGGCAAAAUCAAGCAAAGCCUCGAGGGAAUCUCACGCGAGCUUACAGACUACCAAUAUUCUCGUUUGCUUGAAUCCUCCGGCAUCAUGCCACUCAUGGACGCGCUGAAUCGCUUCAGCGACGCUGAUAGGAGGCUACUAUCAGCGUUAGAGCUUCCUAUCCUUCAACCGCAGAGCGUCCUCGAGAUCGGCCAGCAGCUGGACGACUUUCUACCGUCCGCGUUAAUGGAUGCCACGGAGAUCAUUCGGGAUCUACGAGACCCCGACCUGGCACGACAGAUCACGGAGGAAGCGGCGGAGUUGUUUUGCGAGGAUUUUGAGCAGCUGGAACAUAAGAUAUCGACCAUUGAGGAGCAGGCUGAAUCGGCAGGGAGACCAGGGCUGAGACAAGUAUUUCCUCGAACCACUGCUGAGAUUCGGGUUCUAUUGAGUUGAAAGGUUCGAACCUCCCAAUAUAAUUUCAUCCACAACCAUUAUGCGUCAAUAGUCAUGAAGCACCAAACUCGACUAGUGAUGCUGGAAGUAACGUCGCAUGGUUGCCAAACACCCUAAGUCAAGACAUCAUGACGAUUGAUUGCGCUUCUCCCACUGCUCUGGAGUAAAGCACUUCGGUGUCCACGCGUGAAUGGCCGCAAUCUCUUCCUUCAAGGCCGAAUUAACCAGCCGAUGUCGGGCCAGGGUAGUCUUCUUGGUGAACUGUUCCGAUACUAUGGUGGCCUCGAACAUCUGACCGCAU